GUAUAUUUCGUAAUUUUUAUAACAGAAGAUUUUGUUUAAACGUGUUUUUCACAUUGAAGUACUUAUUUGUCAGAAUUUGUAAACAAUGCUCAUCAUCAAAGCACUUUUAUUCCUUUUUUUCAUCGGUGGAUCAUUGGCAACGCAGCAAAAUGCUGAAACAAAGGCAUUGCUUGAUAUAAUCUUUGUAGUUGAUGGAUCAGGGUCUAUCGGACCUGAAAACUUCGAAAUAGUAAAACAAUGGCUGGUAAGUCAAACAGUAAACAUAUAUGAAGCUUUUGAAGACGCUGCACAUGUCGAAGUAUUACAAUAUUCGAACAAGGAUACGUCUGGGGCCGGGGUUUCUAUUGGAGAUUCAAAUAAGUUUGUUAUUCCAUUUGUGCUGGGAGAAUGCGUGAAUAAUGCAUCCUGUUUCUCACCAAGGAUUAUGAACAUGUCAUACUUGAGUUCGGGAACGUAUACCUACUAUGCAUUACGAAGAGUAAUGGAGGUGGAAUUCUCUAAAUCUCCAAGUUAUAUUACGUCCAAGAAAGCAAUGAUUCUUGUGACUGAUGGCAGAGCUCAUGAUGGAUUUUUUCUUCAAAGCUGGCAUGAUAAAUACAAUGAUACAGUUACUGCGUUUGCAAUAGGAGUUGGAAAUUAUAUAUUGGACGAAUUACAAACGAUUGCAAACGGUGGCACGGGAAACGACAGAGUAUUCACUUUCCAUGAUUUCAGUGCACUACGUGACAAUUCUUCCCAUUUCAUUACUGCUCUCAUUAAUUCAACAGAUCUGAUGUGGAGUUCCUGGUCGUCGUGUUCAGCAUCGUGUUCACCUGGUAUUCAAAUGCGAACAAAGACGUUUAAAAAUGCAACAAGAACAUUGAGUGGAAGUGUUUUUAUAAAUCAGACAAAAACAUGCAACGGAGAUUUGUGCGCGCUCUACUAUGAUAAUGACUUGCGAUGUGCAGGCCCUGGUAUCAUUCCUACCCAGUGCUCUGUGGAUGCAUUCAGAAAAUUUCUACUGAAGAAUGUCAAUUGGGACGAAAUAGGACAAAAUGAAAAAAUAUUUGAAUCACCAGUUAAAGGACUGAGAAUGAAAAUCAAACAAAUCAAAUCGCCAGGAAUGAACAUAAAAUUAGUGAAUAUAGAAAGAUAUGACGCUAUGAAGCCUUAGAAACAAAUGGCUUCAAACUGAAGUUGUUUUCGUUAUGCUUGUUUAGUUUGCUUCAUAACCACGCAGUCUUUUCUACUGAUAAUAUUUCACCUGCUGGAAAAUAUGUGGAUUUUCUGUUACGAAUCUGAAAGCUGUUAUUUUUGUAUAAUAUAUAUAUAUAUGGCAGUUCACUAGAUUGUUA